CUUAGGCUAUGGAGUAUUCAAAUGUUAGUCUUAUUGUGUUCUUGGUCCUAAUCUCAUCACGGAAAGACAAUUUGUAUACGGAGAAGAAGCAAGUGUAUGGAAAAGAGAACAGAAGAUUUGGAACUGGAAAAACAACUAAAAAUUCUAAACAAAAAGCCAAUCAAAACUAUUAUGAUAGGAGCUUAAAUAUUGAUAACGGGUUUCAAAAUGAAAGAUGUCCACCAAAAACGGUACCUAUCCGCAGGAUAAAAAAGGAAGAUUUAAUUAAUGCUCGAAAGCUUUUGCAAAAUAGGAUUCCAAUCGAUCCAAGCGCUUACACUCUCUCGCUUAUGGACAUCCGUGCAGACAAUCAGAAACAAACAGGUUGCUUCAACGUGCUUUGUUCUGGGUUUGUUCAAGUUGACAAUGAUGUAUCUCUUGGUGCAGUUUUAGAACCAUUAUCAGUCUAUGGAAAAGAUGCAUGGGCGCUGCAUGUCAAAGUAUACCGUGACCCACAGACUGGUAACUGGUGGUUGAUUACUACCAGAACUAUAGGAUAUUGGCCAAAAAGAAAUUUUACACAUUUAACAAACAAUGCUUCAGUUUUACGAUAUGGAGGGGUUGCAGGGGCUAAACCUCAAACACCAUCUCCGCCGAUGGGAAAUGGGUAUUUACCUCAACUUGAAGAUUAUUUGGAAACGGCAUUUAUGAGGAAAAUGAAGUACAUUGAUGAAAAAGGCCAAUCUGUUAACCUAAACCCCUAUGGAGUACCAAUCAAGCAUGAUGCGACGUUAGAUUGCUACAACAUUUUGUUUGCUGGUAAUAUAGGAGGGGAUUGGGAGAUAACGACGGCGUUUGGAGGACCUGGUGGUAUGUGUCCUUAAUAUUCCCUAUGAAGUACCAAUCAAGCUUGAUACGAUGUUAGAUUUCUAUAACAUUUUGUUUGCUGGUAAUAUAAGAGGGGAUUGGAAGAUAACGACGGCGUUUGGAGGAACAGGUGGUAUGUGUCCCUAAAAUAUUAAUGCUGCAUAAAUAAUAUUUAAGUGUCGCAAUUUUCUUGUAUUCAAAAAUAUUUGGUUGUUUCAAAUGUUAUUUUUUGGAUAUACAAAUUUGUUGUGAAGAGA